GCUUUGCCUGUGAUCAGCCUUAAAUAUACAUUUUUUUUAGAACCAGCCCUUUUUGAAGACGAUCUUUUCGGUGAUUCCUCUCAGUCAGUUGAGCAGAUUCCCAAAGCUUCUGCUGUUAUCAACACAGAUGAAUCUGAUGAAGACGCCAUUGAUAAUAUUCAUAACGUUCCGUCGCCUGCAUCCUCGCUCGCUAAUUCAAUUGAAGAUGAGAAAGAGGAAAAUAAUUUGAAUGAGCAUGCUAGUGUAUCCGAAAAUGUGCCAAUAAAUGAAAUAACGCUAAUUCAAAACGAAGAUGAGGGAUUUGCGUUAGCUCCUUUAGAUGCAUCGAUUCAUAAAGGCGUAACCAAAGCCAAACGCAAAAGAAAACUUAUUAUCGACGAAAUAAAAAAUAUUUCUGGAGAAGAAAUGAAGGCUCAGUUAGCCGAUACAUCUGAUAUAUUAACCACACUUGAUCUGGCCCCACCAACGAAAAGGUUAAUGUAUUGGAAAGAAACUGGAGGUGUCGAAAAACUUUUUUCAUUACCUUCGCGAUCCAUUCCAGCUAGAGCUUUGUUCAGUAAUUACAAUAGACAGUUGUUUUCGCAUUCAAAAUUCUUUGAGGACUUUUCAAGUGUUGCACCAAUGGAAAUUCUUGCACUGGAAUCUUAUGCCAAAGAAAACGAGAACGCAUUAAUUAUUUUUAAUAAAAAAGGGCGCAAACGUAAGAAUGAAAUUGUGUCUAAUUCGUAUUUGGACCAUGCAGCCGAUUCACUUAUUCAAAGUUUGGAAGCUCCUGAAGUCCUGAGAGAGAAUCAUAAAUCUCUAGGGAUAUCUACCGUUUCUGUGGACAUUGUAUCAAAAGAGCAAGAAAGUAUGGCAUGUCAAAAUGAAUUGACAUUUUUUGAUAGUAUGCGAAGUCCAGACCUUUUGUCCUUAAAUGAAAUGGAACAGUUAUCAUCAAUAACUGAGAUGCCUUUAACACCAAGAAACACGAAUCAUGACAUGGGGGACGAUUUUAAUCAAGGAGACUCAACACCAGCUGGAUUGGAUCACGGUCACGCCACUCCGCAGCAUGGAAAUAUUGGCGAGAUGGAUCAUAACCCUAUUAUACCCACAGAAAAGAUUACAGCCAUUUUAAAUGAAUCUGGGUGUCAACCUUUAUUGAGUGACAACGGCUUUUCAAAAAAGGGAAAUAAUAUUUUAAAAGGAUGGCACAACUAUGAAAUUCCCAGUUUUGUUGGCCAGUGCGAGCGCUCUCCGAAGACACUCUCCGACUAUACGAUACUGUUGACAGAGAAGGCCUUUGAAAACUAUCCAGGGCAAGUAAAAAAUCUGACCGACAGAGAAAUCGACGCAAUGGAUGAAGCAGCCGGAGGUGCAGACUUACCACUAAUGCAUUAA